AUGUCUCGAAAUGCUGCUUCUCAUGAGCCCCUUCAUCCGCCACGAAAAACGUCGCUAUCUAAUCCUUUAUCUCAGGCCUCCCGCCGCCAAUACAAGGAUCUAAGCAAGCUACUUGUCGGCGAUGGAGAUAUACAAACUGAAGCUGCAGUCAAUGAUGACGGUCGAGUCGAUAUUCGUAUCGAUCACUGUUCAGAAUAUUUAAGAGAUCAUGUGCUUCCUAUCAUACAAUGUCCUAAAGCCCAGACGAAACGCUUUCAGGCCGGGCAACCUACUCUCCCGCCAUCCAUAACGAGGGGGCGUGAUGGUCUUCCUCCACCGCGAAUGAAUAUUGCUAUACACGUCGUGGGCUCGCGCGGCGAUGUUCAGCCGUUUGUCUCACUAGGCCAGGUUCUUCGCGAAAAGUAUGGCCAUCGCGUUCGUCUCGCCACGCAUCCGAACUUUAAGUCUUUUGUCGAAGAAAAUGGGCUCGAGUUCUUCAGCAUUGGGGAGGACCCAGCCGAACUGAUGGCGUUCAUGGUAAAGAAUCCUGGUCUUCUGCCUAACAUAGGAACUCUUAAAAGCGGUGAUAUUGGCCGACGACGUCGGGGCAUGUAUGAAGUUAUGAAGGGGUGUUGGAGGUCUUGCAUCGAAACCGGAAACGGCAUGGAGGACGUCGAUUAUUCUAGAAUUUUCACCGGCCCGAGCGAGCACCUCGACAGGCCUUUCAUUGCAGAUGCCAUUAUUGCAAACCCCCCAAGCUUUGCACACGUUCAUUGCGCCGAAAGGCUCGGCAUACCUCUCCAUCUGAUGUUUACCAUGCCUUGGUCACCCACACAGUCAUUCCCGCAUCCAUUGUCGACCAUCCAUCACUCAAACACAGAACCGAGCAUGGCGAACCUAAUCUCAUAUGCUCUGGUAGAUAUCAUGACUUGGCAAGGACUGGGAGGAGUUGUGAACCGGUUUCGGACAAAAACAUUACACUUGGAACCUGUCAGUCUCAUGUGGGCUCCUGGCAUGAUUUCCCGCUUGAGAAUUCCGUUUACUUAUUGUUGGUCUCCGGCGCUCAUUCCAAAGCCUGAAGACUGGGGCAGCCAUAUCUUUCUGUCAGGAUUCUAUUUCCUGUCUCUAGGAUCGUCAUAUGACCCGGAUACCAAGCUACGUGCUUUCCUAGAGAGUGGCCAUCCCCCAGUAUAUGUUGGGUUUGGAUCCAUAGUUGUGGAUGAACCAGAUGUCAUGACGAAGAUCAUUUUUGAGGCAACUAAGAAAGCUGGUGUCCGGGCACUCGUCUCAAAAGGUUGGGGUGGCCUUGGCACCGAUGAGCUCGAUAUUCCUAACAAUAUCUGCAUGAUCGGAGACGUACCCCACGACUGGCUCUUCAAACAUGUAUCUGCUGUAGUUCACCACGGAGGAGCAGGUACGACCGCGGCUGGGAUACUGGCAGGUUGCCCUACAGUUGUGAUUCCAUUUUUUGGAGAUCAACCAUUCUGGGGAGCCAUGAUUGAGCGUGCUGGUGCGGGGCCAGCCCCAGUGCCAUAUAAGAAACUCACCGCUGAUGCUCUAGCUGCGGGUAUUCUCAAAGCAAUUGAACCUGGCACGGUGGAGAAUGCAAAAAAAUUAAGUGAAGCUCUUCUGAAAGAUCAAGGAGCAAUUACGGGGGCCAAGUCUUUCCAUAAUAUGUUAGACCUGGACAAUCAACGGUGUUUAGUCUGUCCGAAACGAGUAGCAGUUGCAAGGGUCAGGAGAACGAAUAUCAGGCUAAGUGCAUUGGCGACAAUUGUUUUGGGUGAUGAGGGUCUCUUAAAAGCUUCUGAUCUUAAAAUGUACCGUCCAUGCGAAUACAAUACGGGAGCAGAACCCUGGGACCCUGUUACUGGAGGGGCUGCAGCUCUCCUUGGUACUAUCAGUAGUUUGAUGAUUGGAAUGGCAGAUGUUCCUUUUGAGAUCAUUAACAAACUUAAGUCUCGAGUCCAUAAUAGCCACGAAGACAGAGCUUCCCGCUUCCAAUCGACAACUUCCAACCCGGGUGCCGACCUGGGUGUCGCAAAUCAGAGAACGGAGCAGGCUAGUUCUAAAAACACACGCCUGACUGAAACAAGCACUAUACAUGCCACGGAUCCCUACCGAUCGGGAAGCAACAGCAGCCACCAUGAAGAGCGCGAUAAUGAGCAGCAUCUUGUAGAUCCGGAGCCAGUAACACACAACAUCACGAUUUGUUCGAUAGUCAAACCUAGACAUAAGCAUCUCAUGAAUCCAAGGGAUCGUGCUGUUUACAAGGCUGUUGAAAUGGGGGAUCAAGGGAUCUCUAACGUCGCCAUCACAGUAAUGCGGCCACCUAUGGACCUCAUCCUAGCCGUCUCCCGCGGAUGCCAUAACGCGCCAAAGCAGUAUGGUGACGAUACAGUCCGCCAACUGGACGACGUCAACGAUUUUAAAAGUGGAGUAGUGACUGCUGGGAAGCAGUUCGGGCUGGGAUGGUACGAUGGUAUUGCCGGGGUGGUAACGCAACCAUAUCGUGGUGGGGUGGAACAUGGAGCCAAGGGGUUCCUGGCCGGAAUUUUGAAGGGAGCUGGCGGGCUCAUCCUUAAACCCAGCAUUUUUGGACUCGGUGGCUAUACGCUGCAAGGCAUCUACAGAGAAAUCCAAGAGCAUAUGGGAGAGCAAAUGCACAGGUACGCCGUAGCAGCCCGUAUUACCCAAGGACAUGAGGACUGGGAGACAUCAACGCCGGAAGAACGCCGCCAUAUCAUUGAUAACUACAAUAUGAUUAAGAACGACCCAUUGUUAAAGAAAAGAGAACAUCUGUUUUAG